UAGUUGUUCGAAUUGGAUGCAUUGUUCAUUCGCACAAACCCCUGUCCUUCCACUCUUUCUUCCCGGUCCCUCCUCAAGUCUGCUUGGACUCUUUGGAGAAAGUCGUUCUUUGCUUCAUUACACGAUCGUGACGAGAUACUAUAUACGAACUCACGACAUCAAUAUACGAUCAUGGGCUUUCUCAAGCGUUUCUUCUCCUUGAGCAGCAAGCGGUCAAAGAAAAGCAAACGGACCCGCCAGGAAGAUAAAGUUGACGCUUCUGGUCGGGUAAUCCAACCAGAAGUACAAGAGGGAGAGGUCACGCGUCUAUUACGCUCCUCUUCAGCUCACUUCUCUGUUGGAACAGAGGUUGACUAUUCUUCAUUGCCACCUAUUCCCCACCCUAUCAACAACGUUGUAAACACGCCAUCUGGAACACCCGCUCGUUCGGCCACAAACCUUCAACGAUCCGGUACCUACAGCGUCACCGUCCACGGUCGUACAAUCCAUUCGUGCACUGAGUUCCCGAAUGCCAACCCACCACUUCACGAGGAGUCAAAGCACGAAGUUCUACACCGUGAUGUCGAGUACUUCGAUGAGUCACCAGUGCGAGCUCGGUUUGACCCCAAGUCUGUGCCAUUCACGCCGCACGAUCAGAGUCGCGUUCAGCGUCUUCGUAAAGAUCCUUCGGUUGCAAGCUUACUUAACAUGUACGAUGAUAAGGGGCGUAUUCAUUCCAAAGCAUUCUCGAAUACUCCUCCAACUCCGGCACCCGUACAGGAAGUCGGACGUGAACAGGUGAAGCGAUCCGGUUCCACUCUUCGCCAGCUUCUCGGCGCACCAGAGUCGGAUCGUGCCAACGAUGAAACUGCUAUGAUGGGCGACAUCUCAUGGGCGGAACGAUUCAUUGGCGAACACGACAACGCGAGCUCCGACUCUCUUGCUUCCUCCGUUUCUCUACCCCUCGAGACGCCCAAGGACACAUACCCACACACUCUUUCAAACCCACAAGUUAUCAUGGACACCGCCUUCACAAUCGACAACUCUCUUUCUGAACUCUCUGUCAAUUACCCGACGUUCUCCUCGAUGGAGGUAGAACUCAGCGGUAGCACGAGCAUCGAUACCUCUGAAACAUCUGCUCUGAAAGAACCUAAACUUCCUCAAAUACCCGAAGUGCGUGUUGCAGUCCCAUCUACACCCCACCGACCCGCCACGGAAAUCUUUGGCUUCCUUACAGAGCGCAAGAAAUCCAUCCUCGAGAAGAACCGGCAGAAGGAACAACAGCACGAUCGCGACUUACCUGCUCUUCCUACCCCAUCCGUCUCGGACUCUUCAUCACACCUCAAGACCCCGAUGUCCACUUCGAACUUUUUCUCUGCGACACCCACGACAAACUCAAGCCCUGCUACGACAAACAGUGACACCUCAUCUGGUCAGAUUCAUACUGCCACGAUAACGAAACUCACGCCAGUUAUGAACCCACUCUCCCGUUCGACUGACACCCUCAACCUCUUGCAGUCUUAUACACCGUCAAACACCACCAAUGUUUACCCCAGAUAUCCACUCUCUGCAACCCCGACUGAACACCGCGUUCGGUUCGACGACGAAGUGGAUGUCGCACGCCGCGACAUCCCUAACCAACCUACUGGCUCGAGCUCAAGCAGCGGAGCCAGUCAACCUAGUCGGAUCCCUCGAGGCCCCCGACCCGUACCUAUCAUAGGUCCUUCUCCCUCUUCACGAGGAUCGGACCUCGCGUAUCUCCAACGUUCUUCAAGUCCUUUCUCGUUCUCAAAUAUCCAACCAGCUUCCGAGGCUCCUCAGAAGCAAUCCCGUAUACCCAAGGUAUCGACUACCUCUCGUUCGCAAGACCCUUUCACCACAACAUCCCGCAGCCGUCCCCACCGUCGUACUGGCUCUCGCAACUCCAACAGUGGCAAUAGCAUUCUUUCUGAUUCUGAUUCCGACCAACAGAAAGCACCUGCUGCCAAACGUAACGGGUCACGGAAGGCGGCACCCGUUGUGGAGAAGGAGAACAGUCCUGUCUCGUCUACGACUCAACCGCCCAGGACACCAAACGGUCGGGCUCACUCGCAUUCACGUGCUAUCUUUGAUGCACGACAUCCCAAUCUUGUCAACGGCGAAGUGCCUUCUCCAGCGUCAUCGACAGAACUAUCGCCUAUCGCCAAAGAUAUCAUGGCGAACCUUAGGAGACAGAAGCAGAGAACGACAGAAGAUGGGGACCGGUAUGCCUAUGCCGGGUUCCAGCGGUAGCAGGCAGUACUGGCUGCUGCUUGAACUGUUCUCUUUUAUCUUACUUCAUACCAUAGGGUUAUUGAAAGGCUUAUGAAAAGGACUAUUUUACACGGCGUCGUCUUUUAGUUUUCUUACUCGUUCUUGUCACUUUUUGCUUUCUUUUGUUGUUUCGUUUUUCUAGUUGUGUUACAGUUUUGUUGAAGCUCUCAGGUUACUCUGUAUUUCCGCGUUACAUUCUUCUCGUUACCAGUAUUUAUCACUCUCUGGCUCACACGAAGAAGAACUAGAGUUGUUUUCGUCAUGAACCACCCUGAAUUGAAGGAAAUGCAAAAAUACAAGCAGCUAAGCUAUUGAACCAAGAGCAAAGUUGCUGGAACGUAAAGUAACGGGUUACGUCAUAUGGAUCAAACCAGUGACCCUAAAAGAUGAAAAGGAGUGUGCGGUAGGCCUCGUAAAGUCAUUGGAACAUUAGUCGUAAAUGGACCUUUCAUAGUCGUC